CCUCCCUCCUGAUCUAUAUGGACAGGACUAAUGACCAGAGCUAACUUUUUUUUAGAUUUCAUCUUUUCCUUUUGAUUUUCUUUUGAUUUUCUUUCCCCUUCAUAUCCUUUUUUAAAUUGUUUUCUUAUUGUUAUGUUGACUGAAGCAUAAUUUGUAAUAAAAUGCGAAGCCAAAAUAAACAAAUUCUCAAACCGUGAGCCUUUUUUGUUCUUAAAAGUAGCACACUCACAGACGUAUAUAUUUUAUAAUAGGUUACCUAAGCAAGAUCAACCAAUAAAGGAGUGGCCUCAUCUUCCCUCCCCCAACCCAUCCUCCCCUAGAGAGAGAAACAAUAAAGCACUGUGCAAGCUCUGCUUACACCCAAUUUCCUUCCAUCCAAUCAUGCGUUCCCUGAGUGCUGACGGACAGGCCGGGCUGCCUAUGUGGAGCCUGCAGGAUGGGAGGAGGGAGAAUUUCAGCCACUCUGUCCCUGUAAAGCCCCCCUCAUCUCUCUGUCACGCCCUGCACAUCAAACAGGAAGUGAACCUAUAUUCCAGAACAGAGUUUUCUCCCAACCAGAACCAGAUGUCCAGACCCUUCGACCACCUCUCUCUCCUUUCCAGGUACGGCUCUCCGUCCUGGGCCUCCAAGAUCCACUCCGGAGCCCUCCUGAAGCUCCGGGCCAACAGCAGAGCUGGGGACCACCUCAAAGACCUACCCAGCUUGCUGGAGGCCGCAGGGCUCUUCACCAAGUCGCCCUCCUGUGGGAAGGCAAUCAUCCAGGAGGCCCCCAGAGACCAGGGCCCCUCUUUUUCCCACUCCCUGACCGUUGACCUCAAAAUCCCCCAGGUGAGAGGCCUUGGAGGCCUGGGGGUGGACUUCUGCUUGGGCUCCCUGAGCUCUGAUCCCUACAGCCUCCCCAGCUACCACUGUGAGAACAGCUUGGGGAAGAGGCAGAGGUCCAUCCUGCCCAAACACAGCCGCCGGGGAAGCAGUGGAGGAGAGAGGGACUACUGGGCUUCAUCCGAUGCAGACCGCCCUGCCUCUGGGGGGCAGUAUCCUACCUCUGACCCCGAGGCAGACCUCAGCAACAAGCAGCUGAGGAAAAAGAGGGGACGAUACCGUCAGUACAACACAGAGCUGCUAGAGGAGGCUAUCGGAGUAGUGAUGGGGGGGAAGAUGAGCGUGUCCAAGGCUCAGACCGUCUACGGGAUCCCUCACAGCACUCUGGAGUAUAAAGUCAAGGAGCGCCUUGGCACCCUGAAACAUCCACCCAAGAAGAAGCUGAAGCUGAUGAGCCGAAUGGAGGAACCGGAGGAUACGGAGGCCCCAGAGAGCCAAGAAGCUCUGGAUGCGACCAUGGACCUCCAGUCUGUGUCAGCAUCCGGAGAGAAUGGCAGGCAGCUGCUCAGUACAGGCCUCUCCCCAGACGAGUAAAGUCACGACUGAAAGAAAUUCAGUACUUGAUGAUAUGUGAUGUUUUAUCCCAGACCAGGUAAUCGUUUGCAUUUGCCAGGCAGUGGCAAUGACAGAGGAGUCUUUCAGGGGAGGCUGCUGAGGGGAGGAUGGCUCAUAAUAAUGUUUCGAACAGAGCAAAUUAAAUGGCAUCAAUCCAUGUGUUUAACACCAUUCUGCUCCAGCCAUUACCACAAGCCUGUCCUCCCCAAUUAGGGUGCCACCAACCACCUGUGGAGUCUAUAUAGCUAGUACACAAUUGAUCAGUUAGGUAUGUUGAUUUAUUCCAAAUGCACUUCUACUUACUGUGAUCAACCCCGUGAAUCAAUCUGACCUAUUCAUCUGAGCGGUUUAAUUGUUUUAAAGCCUACUAUAAGUAGCUGUUGUCUAAAUCAAUCAAACACUAAAUUGUCUCUGCACUCCUUUUAGAUUGCCCCUCGACGUUGUCCUAGACAUUGUUGAAACACUCCAUAUUGAAAUAUGUUCUGGGAGUGUUUUGUAAAGCUUGUUUGUACUGUAUAAGGAUAUCAAACAAUAUUUUAACGGUUCAUCCUGAAACUGCUUUAGAUACGGUGCUAACAUAAUCUAAUAUUUUUACUAAUUGACUAAUAUAAUGUGUGAUGUGUUGGCAAAAUUGCAAUUGGACCAAGCCCAAUUGUCUGCACAGAGUUUUAUAUUGAUCAGUGGCGCCCCUUACUGUCCUCUAGGAGUACUCUAGUUAUUACAGCACUUCGGGUUGAACCAACGGUCUCCAACCCAGGUUCUGUAGAACUACAGGAAAUGUAUGGUCUUAUUGGAGGCCAGCUGAAAAGCCUGCAGACCUCGUAGCACCAAGGUUGGAGACAUUUGGGUUGGAUACACCAACCUCAUUUCUUUGUUUGGGUCAUAAAGAUGACGCUCAGCCCUCAACAUGUACAAUCAAGGCUUAUUUCUAUUUGAAACUCUAUUCAUAUUUGAUCACCAAAAUGGGGGUUUAUAAUGUUUAUUUUACUUUGUGAGUUUAAAGUCAAACACUGGUUGACAAUCUCUUUCCCUGUCACUGUUCAGCAAAUGCAUACCUGAGAUCGAAUAGACCAAACUACAGCAGAAAGAAUAUGUGGUUGCAAGGAUGCACGCAACCAUUGAAUACUACUGAAAAUCUUAAUGUGAGGUUGUAUGUUUUUGUUUGUUUGGAGAACAGAUACCCCUGUCUGCAAUUUCACCUCCUCCUCAGUUACCAACCAAACCUCAGCUAUGGACGCGUUGGUUGUUUACCUACAAAAUCACUAUGGAGAAACUGCUUUGUCCUAGAUUGUCGUAAACUAACUAUAUUUUGUCUCAAAUGUGUAUUGAAGCGUACAUUUGCACAAUGAGCACUUUUCUCUGAAAUACAUGUCAGUUGUUGGUUAGCUAGUGAAUUUUGGCUAUAUUAGCAUAGAUGUGACAUCAGCCAAAACACCUCAAAAAGAGACAUUGUUUCAAAGAGAUCAAACUAGCUAAAACACGCCACCCACAAUUCCCCAUGUGGCAGUUUCUUGUCAUUGUUGCUAGCAGUCUGGCCAUCCAGAAUCACAACAACACACUUCUGCCUCAUUGAAGCCUGCACAUUGUUUUUGUGACACAAGCUAACCAUUUAUACUCUCCAAAAGCACGCCAGAUUUACAACCACUCAGAUAUGUCGCUAUCCGCUGUGUAGUGUGACUGGGGCAUUUCUUUACCUGUGUUCACCCGUAGCCUUCACCACAACUCAGGAUAAUGUUUGUGUGGGGCUGCAGUACUUGUGUGAAUGUGUAUAUUUCUAUCUUUAUCAGAAAUGUAUAUACUAUGUUAGAUAUCUAUACACAAACAUACCUCACUCGGAUGUAUAUCUCCUACAUAUUUCCAUGCCUCUUGUAUCUUACCCAGAAUCUUCUGAAAAGGGUAAAUCUCAUUUUUUUAGUCUGCGAACAGACACUUUUGGGAUGUCUUACCAUUGACUGAUAAAUAUAUGCACCUGACUCUUAUCAGGUGUUCUCACAACUUACCUUAACCAAGCAUUUGUUUACCAGUUUGAGCCUCCUGGACUUUUAAAUCUGUGCUGCAGUUAGCACAACAAACUUCAGGUGUGAAGUCGGGUAGUUUCGUUACCUCUAGGGAUGACUGUCCCUGCCUAACAGAAGAAGGCAAGGACAAGGGACAGGUGGAAAUGUUUGUUCUUAAAACAUUUAAAAGAAAUCUUAACUAUGUAUUUAAAGAUUGGUUUUAUUCACGUGUUAGAUUGCAGCUUUAAGGUGCAGUAAAUUGAGUCUCAACAAAGGUUUCGCCAUGUGGCGCACAGCACUAAGGAAAUUCUUUGGAGAAGUGUAGAAUAUGCUGACGCAUAGAUACUUUGCCCAUUGCAGUUUUAACAUGACGUUUUUAGAGAACAUCAUAUAAUUCAAUGGAUGCUGUAUUUGCUCCUCCUUGGUGAUACCGACCAAUAACAAUUUAUGGAAAUCUCAGAAUUGUACACAAUGUUUACUUAUCUAAUUCUACAAUCAGAACUAGAAUCCAAAUACUCAUCGUGACUAGAACGCUCGGAAGCAGCAAGAUGGCGUCCCGCUGUGAAUUUGGCAAAACUACUGUGAGUACUACUUACCCUAUCAACAGUUAUUCCUCAGGACAAUUCAGAAUACUAGAUCAAGCCCCAAUUGUCCUUGUAUAAGGUUUCUAUUACAGUGCUGGUUUUAAUACAGUCAUCAGACAGCUUGUAUUACUACAGUUCUAGGGAAAUCUUUAUAGUUAACAAGACUGUAAGAUGUUUAUUUCUUACUCUUCCCCCAGUAAGUUCUUAGGCAUCAUUUUUGAGACUCAUGUAAAUCUAGAUGUAAUUUAAAUAUUUAGACAAACAUUUGAGUUGAAAGUUUGAUUUUGGCCCACCGUGAACACACAGCUACUACAAACUCUUAGUUAAUUGUUGAAACUGAACUGAUAUCACAUGAAAUGCAAAAACUAAGAGCUUUCCUUAAGCAAGUCUGGUCCUACUGUCUCCUUUCAGGUUUUUUUGGGGGGACAACAUUACAUUUCAGAAUCUCUGACAUUUCCUUCAGUCUUUCAGGUGUAUAUAGGUAUAGUGAAAAUAAAUAUAGUUAACUAAUUAGUAUGAAUCUACUGUAAAUCUACUGUAACUUGUUAAAUGUGCAAUGUAUACCAGUCAAAAGCUUGUACACACCUACUCAUUCAAGGGCUUUUCUUUAUUUUUACUAUUCUCUACAUUGUAAAAUAAUAUUGAAGACCUCAACUAUGAAAUAACACAUAUCGAAAAAUGCAUUAACCAAGAAAGCUAUUUUAUAUUUGAUUCUUCAAAGUAGCCACCCUUUGCCUUGAUGAUACCUUUGCAAACGUUUGGCAUUCUCUCAACCAGCUUCAGGAGGUAGUCACCUGGAAUGCAUUUCAAUUAACAGGUGUGCCUUUUUAAAAGUUAAUUUGUGGAAUUUCUUAAUGUGUUUGGUUAAAUUAUUUGUGUUGUGACAAGGUAGGGGUGGUAUAUAGAAGAUAGCCCUAUUUGGUAAAAGACCAAGUCCAUAUUAUUGCAAGAACAGCUCAAAUAAGCAAAGAGAAAUGACAGUCCAUCAUUACUUUAAGACAUGAAGGCCAUUCAAUCUGGAAAAUUUCAAGAAUUUCUCUGCCGCAGAGUAUACGUUUAUUAGAGUUACCAGCCUCAGAAAUUGCAGCCCAAAUAAAUGCAUCUGAGUUCACUUAACAGACACAUCUCAACAUCAACUAUACAGUGGAGACUGCGUGAAUCAGGCCUUCAUGGUCAAAUUGCUGCAAAGAAACCACUACUAAAGGACACCAAUAAGAAGAGGAGACUUGCUUGGGCCAAGAAACACAAGCAAUGGACAUUAGACCGGUGGAAAUCCAUCCGCCUUUGGUCUGAGUCCAAAUUUGAGAUUUUUGGUUCCAACUGCCGUGUCUUCGUGAGACGCCGUGUAGGUGAACAAAUGAUCUCAGCAUGCGUGGUUCCCACCGUGAAUCAUGGAGGAGGAGGUGUGAUGGUGUGGGGGUGCUUUGCUGGUGACACUGUCGGAUUUUAUUUAGAAUUCAAGGCACACUUAACCAGCAUGGCUACCAUAGCAUUCUGCAGUGAUACGCCAUCCCAUCUGCUUUUCAGCAGGACAAUGACCCAAAACGUCUCCAGGCUGUGUAAGGGCUAUUUGACCAAGGAGAGUGAUGGAGUGCUGCAUCAGAUGACCUGGCCUCCACAAUCACCUGACCUCAACCCAAUUUGAGAUGGUUUGGGAUUAGUUGGAACACAGAGUGAAGGAAAACUAGCCAACAAGUGUUCAGCAUACAUGACAACUCCUUCAAGACUUUUUGGAAAAGCAUUCCUCAUGAAGCUUGUUGAGAGAAUGCAAAGUGUGCAAGCUGUCGUCAAGGCAAAGGUUUGCUUCUUUGAAGAAUCUCAAAUAUAGAAAAUAUAUUUUGAUUUAACACCUUUUUUUCUUUCUUUUUUUACUACAUGAUUCCAUGUGGGUUUUGAUAUCUUUGCUAUUAUUCUACAAUUUAGAUGAUAGUAAAAAAUAAAGAAAAACCCUUGAGUGAGGUGUCAACUUUUUUGACUGGUACUGUAUAUGUAUAAAUCUUUUGAUGAACUUGCAAACCAACUGUGAUAACCCUCGAGUCGAGACAUAUGCUUCACAGUAGUUGCUAUAGAUUUUGGUUAUGAUUUAAUUUCAUUGUAAUUGGUCAUUGGAAACUAAACAAGAUUACAUCUUUGUUUUGACGAUGAGUCCGUUUUAUUAGUGGAUUCGAUGGGAUUGACAACAAAAAGGUAAACAAAUCAAAGUGAGUUACUUUAAUCAAAUUUAACAGUUGCAAGGCUUUUCUGUGUUACCAUGAAAAUCACGGAGCCUUGCUCAUAAGUAGUCGCUGCCAUGAAAUUGCCAUUAUAAAUCUGGAUACUGAGAAACAAUUAGACUAUUUGGAGAGAAAUUUAAGGUUUUGUUUUUUAUUAGUGUUUUGCAUGCUUGCACAAUAGACAACCAGUUUCCGUGUUAACACAAGCCUUGUGGAACCUAUUUUAAUGUUAAAAUUACAAAAAUCUACAGAAGCACAUCUGUUGGUUUCUGCUACCUCAUCUCUAGGAAAGGACUGAACCUGCUUCAAAUAAAUCUAACUUCUUGAGGCAGUAUGUAGCAAUUUCCCAUAAACACAAGCGAAGGAUAUGGGCCAAAAGUUUUUUUGCAGGAUGUGUUGAACUCUGCUAGCUGUUUGUUGACCCGCUGCUUUAGAUGUAUGCCGUAAUCUUUUUAUCUGUUUUGCGAUUUGCUGUCCAUGGCCCAUCAGGUUAAUUAAGCUACAAAAUCAUUUAUGUAUGGAGAGGUGAAUACCACUUGGCAAAGGUUGACAUAAGCAAAUAUUUUCUUGGAUGAGACUUCUCUUAUACAACACUACUGAAAAGUGAAGGACUGGGUUGGUACACUUUUUGGAAAUACUUCAAGGUUCUGUAAAAGUGAAAUGCACCCUAAUUGACUCAUAUUUUAAAGGUGAGGGUGUUAAUGUUUUUCGAUCUUUGGUUGUUGGUUUUUGUCAGUGUUUCUACUAAUGUGUUUUUGAUUGAAUAGCUUGUAGGCGUUCUUCCCAAUUAAUCAGAAAUGUAAUUUGACCCUUCACACUCUAAUGCCGUGAUGAGAAGCUUUUCAGAAGCUUGCACACCCUUCAGGUCAAUGAGAUGAAGAUGUUUCUUGACAUGAUAGUUGUAGUCCUUUGACUCCUGCAGUAUUUAUAUAAAUAGUCUUAACACUAAUUAUACCAAACUAUACACAGAGACAGAUUUUACAGAUGCAUUCAGAAACUAUUCAGAACCCUUGACUUUUUCCACAUUUUGUUAUGUUACAGCCUUAUUCUAAAAUGGAUUCAAUUGUUUUUUCCCCUCCAAUCUGCAGACAUACCCCAUAAUGAAAAGCAAAAACAGGUUUUUAUACAUUUUUGCAAAUGUAUAAAAAAAAAACACCUGAAAUAUCACAUUUACAUAAGUAUUUAGACCAUUUAAUCAGUACUUUGUUGAAGCACCUUUGGCAGCGAUUACAGCCUCAAGUCUUCUUUGGUAUGACGCUCUCAUUCCUCUCUGCAGAUCCUCUCAUGCUCUGUCAGGUUGGAUGGGGAGUGUCACUGCACAGCUAUUUUCAGGUCUCUACAGAGAUGUUCGAUCGGGUUCAAGUCUGGGCUCUGGCUGGGCCCACUAAAGGACAUUCAGAGACUUGUCCCGAAGCCACUUCUCCAUUGUCUUGGCUGUGUGCUUAGGGUCGUUGUUCUGUUGGAAGGUUGAUAAUGGCGCCGGAGGGUAUGGCUGCCAUUUUACAGGCUCCUAACCAACUGUGCUAUUUAAAAAACAAAACAAUAAUAUUGUAACUCAAUUUGUACAUAAUGUUGCUGCUAACGUCUCUUAUGACCGAAAAGAGCUUCUGGACAUCAGAACAGCGCUUACUCACCUCAAACUGGAUGACAAUUAUUUUUCUUUAAUGAGUCUGACGCGAAGCAUAUACUGCUUUGUCAAGACAUGGCCCAAAUCCCCAUCAUCCGCGUGGGGGAAAAAAACGGAGAAAGGUGGGAGGAGGAGGGCGGGGUGCCUUGUAAGAAUUUGCCGACGAGUAGAUAAACCACCACUACCCUCUGUAUUAUUGGCCACCAUGCAAUCAUUGGAAAACAAACUGGACCAUCUACGAUUUUACCAGUGACUCGCUCAAUAUGGAAGUGGUCAGAUGACACGGAUGCUACGCUACAGGACUGUUUUGCUAGCACAGACUGGAAUAUGUUCCGGGAUUCAGCCAAUUGCAUUGAGGAGUUACCACAUCAGCCACCGGCUUCAUCAAUAAGCGCAUCAACGAUGUCAUCCCCACAGUGACCAUACAUGCAUAUCCCAACCAGAAGCCAUGGAUUAAUGGCAACAUCCGCAUCGAACUAAAGACUAGAGCUGCUGCUGCUGCUUUCCAGUCCGUACGCUUCUAAGAAAUCCCGCUAUGACCGCAGACAGACCACCAAACAAGCAAAGCGUCAAUACAGGACUAAGAUUGAAUCCUACUACACUGGCUCAGAUGCUUGUCGGAUGUGGCAGUGCUUGAAAAUUAUUACGGACUACAAAGGGAAACCCAGCCAUGAGCUGCCCAGUGACUCGAUUCUACCAGAUGAACUAGAUACAUUUUAUGCUCUCUUCGAGGCAAGCUACACUGAAGAAUGCUUGAGAGCUCCAGCUGUUCCGGACAACUGUGUGAUCACGCUCUUCGUAGCCAACGUGACUAAGACCUUUUAAACUGGUCAACAUUCACAAAGCCGCGGGGCCAGAUGGUUUACCAGCACGUGUACUCAAAGCAUGCACGGACCAACUGGGAAGUGUCUUCACUGACAUUUUCAACCUCUCCCUGACCAAGUCUGUAAUAACCAAUGGAGUGCUUUAGUACUUUAAAGUAUCUGUACUCUAUUUUAACUUUUACUUCACUAAAUUCCUUUUUACUCCAAACAUUUUUCCUGAUGCCCAAAAUACUUGUUACAUGGUGAAUGCUUAGCAGGACAGAAAUGGUCCAAUUCACGCACUUAUCAAGAGAACACGUGGUCAUCCCUACUGCAUCUGAUCUGGCGGACUCACUAAAUACUAAUGCAUCAUUUGUAAAUCAUGUUGGAGUGUACCUCUGGCUAUUCGUAAAUUUAAAAAGAAGAAAAUGGUGUUUGCUUUGCUUAAUAUAAGGAUUUUGAAAUUAUUUAUACUUUUACUUUUGAUACUUAAGUAUAGUUAAGCAAUUUGACCUUUUUUGUAGUUAAGUAUAUUUAGAACCAAAUACUUUUAGACUUUUACUGGGUGACUUUUACUCGUAACUUUCUAUUAAGGUGUCUUUACUUUUACUCAAGUAUGACAAUUGGGUACUUUUUUCACCACUGGUAAUACCUACAUGUUUCAAACGGACCACCAUAGUCCCUGUGCCCAAGAAAGCGAAGCUAACCUGCCUAAAUGAUUACCGCCCAUUGCAAUCCCAAACCCACUCCAAUUUGCAUACCGCCCCAACAGAUCCACAAAUGAUGCAAUCUCUAUCGCACUCCACACUGCCCUUUCCCACCUGGACAAAAGGAACACCUAUGUGAGAAUGCUGUUCCAUGACUACAGCUCAGCGUUCAACACCAUAAUAUCCACAAAGCUCAUCACUAAGCUAAGGACCAUGGUAAUAAACACCUCCCUCUGCAACUGGAUCCUGGACUUCAUGAUGGGCCGCUCCCAGGUGGUAAGGGUAGGCAACACAUCUGCCAUGCCUAUCCUCAAACCCCUCAGGCGUUUGUGCUUAGUCCCCUCCCGUUCUCCCUGUUCACCCACGACUGCGUGGCCAAGCACGACUCCAACAUCAUCAUUAAGUUGGUGACGACACAACAGUGGUAGGCCUGAUAACCAACAACGAUGAGACCGCCUAUAGGGACGAGGUCAGAGACUUGCAGUGUGGUGCUAAGACAACAAUCUCUCCCUCAAUGUGAGCAAGGAGCUGAUUCUGGACUAUAGGAAAAUGAGGGCCGAACAGGCCCCAAUUAACAUAAACUGGGCUGAAGUGAAGCGGAUCAACAAUCUAUCAUGGUCCAGACACACCAAGACAGUUGUGAAGGGGGCAUGACAACACCUUUUCUCUCUCAGGAGACUGAAAAGAUUUGGCAUGGGUCCCCAGAUCCUCAAAAGGUUCUACAAAUGCACCAUUGAGAGCAUCCUGACUGGUUGCAUCGCCGCCUGGUAUGGCAACAGCUCGGCAUCUGACCGUAAGGAACUACAGAGGGUAGUGCGUACGGCCCAGCACAUCACUGGGGCCAAGAUUCCUGACAUCCAGGACCUAUACAAGGCAGUGUCCGAUAAAGACCCCCAAAAUUGUCAGACUCCAGUCACCUAAGUCCAUAGACCGUUCUGUCUGCUACCGCACGGCAUGCGGUACCGGAGCACCAAGUCCAGGACCAAAAGGCUCCUUAACAGCUUCUACCCUUCCCCCCCACUCGCUAUUAUCUCUGCAUAGUCACUUAACAAAUUACCUGACCAAGGCCCUUCUCCCCCAAUUGCUCAGUUUGGCUGGGUGGCAAGAUCUAGGAAGAGUCUUGGUUGUUCUUAACUUAUUCUAUUUAAGAUUGAUGUAUGCCACUGUGUUCUUGGGGACCAUCAAUGCUGCAGAAUUUUUUUUGGUCCCCUUCCCCAGAUCUGUGUUAAGACACAAUCCUCUACGGACAGUUCCCUCGACCUCAUGGCUUGGUUUUUGCUCUGACAUGCACUGUCAACUGUGGGACUUCAUAUAUACAGGUGUGUGCCUUUUAUAAAUCAUGUCCAGUCAAUUGAAUUUACCACAGGUGGACUCCCAAGUUGUAGAAACAUCUCAAGGAUGAUCAAUGGAAACCGGAUGCACCUGAGCUCAAUUUCAAGUUCCAAAGGGUCUGAAUUCUUAUGUAAAUAAGGUAUUUCUGUUUUUUAUUUUUAAAUUUGCAAACAAUUCUAAAAACUUUCGCUUUGUCCUUAUGGGAUAUUGUGUGUAGAUUUAAGACAUUUUGGAAUAAGGCUGUAAUGUGGAAAAAGGGAAUGGGUCUGAAUAUUUUUAGAAUGCACUGUAUAUUAAAACCUCCACAUAUAUACACUACUGUUCAAAAGUGAAAUGUCCUUAUUUUUUAAAGAAAAUGACUUUUUGAUCAUUUAAAAUAACGUCAAAUUGAUCAAAUACAGUGUAGAUGUUGUAAAUGACUAUUUUAGCUGGAAACAGUAGAUGUUUUAAAAUGGAAUAACUACAUAGUCUUUCAGAGGCCCAUUAUUACCAAUCGUCACUCCUGUUUUCCAAUGCCACGUUGUGUUAGCUAAUCCAAGUUUAUCAUUUUAAAAAGCUAACACAAUGUGCCAUUGGAACACAGGAGUGAUGGUUGCUGAUAAUGGGCCUCUGUACACUUAUGUACAGUGGCUUGCGUAAAUACCCCUGUGGCAUUUUUCCUGUUUUGUUGCCUUACAACCUGGAAUUAAAAUAGAUUUUUUUGGGGGGGGUUGUAUCAUUUGAUUUACACAACAUGCCUACCACUUUGAAUAUGAAAAAUAUUUUUUUUGUGAAACAAACAAGAAAUAAGACAAACAACUUGAGCGUGCAUAACUAUUCAACCCCCCCCCCCCC